AUGAAAAAUCAGGAAUAUUCCUAUAAGAGAACUCCAGAACAUAACUGGAUUAAAAGAUUCCUUGGAGAUAAAUUUACACAUAGCGAAAUCCGCGCAAUUUGCUCGUGCUUAGCUUCAUUAUAUGAAUUAGACUUUCAAAGAGAAUAUUACCGUACUAUGAAGGGCUGCUUUUUCUGGAUUCAUGAAAAUGCUUCAAUUUUUACUACUCAAAGAAAGAAGAUUCGAAUUGUAUUCAACGAUGGUACUAAUACAAUCAUUCCUCCUUUCACAGACUAA